CGCAAGCAUCCUGGAGCGCAGGUAUAAAACUGUAGCGCCAGGAUGUGUCCAAGCUCUACGCGAGGCCGGCGGCAGGCGCGUUCCACUCCACAACUCUUCCAAUAAGUGCCAAACAUAGGAGCUAAGAUGUACCGAACUACAAGAUCCCCAAUGAUGCAGCCAAUGGUCAACUCUGGAAUGGGCAUGGCUCCAUUUUUCAAGGUGACUGUGUUUGAGCAGGAGCACUUCCAGGGAAAGUGUCUUGAGUUCACCUCGGAAUGCUGCAACAUCCAGGAGUGCGGCAUGGACAAUAUCCGCUCCAUCAGGGUCGAGAGCGGAGCCUGGGUGGGUUACGAGCACCAUGACUUCCAGGGCCAGCAGUUCAUCCUGGAGAGAGGAGAGUACCCGCACUGGGACUCCUACAGUGGGAACAUCUCAUACCACGUGGAGCGCCUCAUGUCCCUGCGCCCCAUCUACUGCGCUUCCCAUCAGAGCAGUCGCAUGAUGAUUUUUGAGAAGGAGAACUUCCUGGGGCGUAAUGUUGAGAUCUGUGAUGAUUACCCGUCUCUGCAGGCCAUGGGCUGGAUGUGGCCCGAGGUCGGCUCCAUGCACGUGCAGUGUGGCGCCUUUGUGUGCUACCAGUAUCCAGGCUACAGGGGGCAGCAGUAUAUCAUGGAGUGCGAGAGACAUAGUGGAGACUACCAGCACUGGAGGAACUGGGGGUCCCACAGCCAGACCCCUCAAAUCCAGUCCAUUAGACGCAUCCAGCACUAAGUCUAAACAAGAUAAGAUAAGACUGAGGACAAGAACAGCACAAUUUAAAGACCUACCCCUUUUAAUGCCUCCUUAUCAGCACUUCUUUCUUCUCUUCUUUCUUUAACCUUGACUUGAGCCACGACCCCUUGACCUCUGAACUCUCAACUUUGCAGCCAAAACAGUGAUAAGAGAUGAUAUCGCACUGGGGGAAAAAAGAAACACAAGCUCAUAUACAUAUACACACAGCAAUGUAUUUUAUUUGGAGAGAGGUCCCUGCAUGUUCAACACUUACCUGCAUCUAGGCUGUGCUCUGCAAAUGAGAAAAUCUGAAAGACCCCAAAUGGCGCCCCCUAUCCAGAAAGUUUUCCCCAGUAAGUGCAGCGCAGAUGUGGCACAGGGUUGUGUGUAGGAAGUUGAUCCACAGGUUGAGAACUAAUAAAAGUCAUUUUCACUUCACGUUUUUCUUUGCUCUGUUAAGUUUGUACAUGAUGUAUCUGAAAAGGUGUGAGAGUGGAUUUUUGUUUGAAAAGUUUAUGAUGUACUAAAAUAUGAAAUAAAUAAACAGUUGUUUGACAGGAAA